AUCUUUUGGUGCGUGGAUACUGGAUAGGCAAUCAUCUGUUCACCUUUCUCAUUUUUUUGUAUGGCACUGUGCAAUGUGAAUUCAUAUGCAGCAAACAGACAUUGCUAACAGUUUCCCUCUUUGAUUCCAAAAAAAACAUUGCUAACAAAGUCACUCUUAGCUGAUUAGAGUUAUAUAUCAUCCCGAUGUAAACUUGCACUAGAGUUAUAUAUGCUAGUCUAACUGUGUUCUAUGUUUUCCAGACUAUGGAAAAUCCGCUGGAAAGGAUUUUAUGGACGUUCCAGAACUUGAGGGCUGUACAACUGACUGCAAAUUUCGGCAAAUUCCCAAGCAUUAUGUCGAUAUUUUCUUCACUGAGAUUUGGUCCUCACAUUGAAAAACUCAAAAUUCAGGUAAUCAGGCCGGAAGUUGAAACUGGCAAUGAUGAUGCCAUCGAUCAAGAUAUUCUUGAUGCAGUGAUAUAUGAUGACAUGUUUGCUAAUCUCAAACAUGUCUCGGUGGAUCGCCCAAAGUACUUGCCAAAUGACAUGUGGUUUAUGAAGUUUCUGCUAUCAAAAGCAGGGCUGCUUGAAUACUUUUUUGUCAGUUUCAACCAUGGAGAAGAAACCAAAGCUUACGUGGAAGGAUGUAAAGAGUUGGCAAUGUGUGAAAAGGCGUCUUCGGAAGCUAUGCUCAUACUAAGGCCUAGAGACAAGCCUACCCCAAAUCUUUAAACUCCUAAUCAUGUUAGUUGCUGCAUGCUUAAACCAUGGAUAUGGAUACCGGAUGUAGUUAUUGAUCAUUGUUGCACAAAAACAGCUUGUUUCCCUCUUUGAGGUGGACUUCA